AUGGGACGAGCUGGACGAACUAUAACUGGUCGGACUGGUACAACCGGAACUAGAACGGGACGAACGACAAUUGGCUUGACUGGUACUGCAAUGGGACGUGGUGGAUGUAGAACUCCCACAAGUGGUGGUCUGGGGAUAGGUUGGGGUAUCGGUGAAUGUGGACUUCCAAGAACUAUUGCAUUCUUUUAUGUAUUCGUCAUUACAUUUUAUGGUGAACAAGGAUAUGUUCAUGGAGAUUCAUCGCAUGGUCAGUCAGGAGAUCCAUGGAAAUAUCCUGUAAUUGAACCGGCUACUCAACCACCAACCCGACCACCAUGCAGUAUAUGUGCUUUACCUCCAAUUCCCUCAACAGUUAAGCCCCCUACACAUCAACCGGAACAUCCUCCAGUUCAUCCUAAACCAUGUCAACAUUCUCAGCCUCCAGCACAUCACCCGGAACAUCCACCUACACAUCAUCCAAUCCAACCCCCGGUGCAUAAACCAAUUCAAGUUAUUCCUGUUGUCCCUGUUCGUCCUGUUAUUCCCGUUAUCCCUGUUCGUCCUGUUAUUCCCAUUGUCGCUGUUCGUCCUGUUAUUCCCGUAGUUCCAGUCCGUCCUAUUAAACCUGCUGCUCCACACCGUCCUGGUAAACCUGCCGCUCCACACCGUCCUGGUAAACCUGCUGCUCCACACCGUCCUGUUAUCCCUAUUGUUCCAGUUAAGCCAGUACGUCCUAUACACAAAGAACAUGAUAUAAUAAAGGUUAAUAUUGUUCAACAUUGA